AACUACUUCAACAUGACGGAGAUGGAGAGGACCGCCAUGCCGCGACUAUUCCCGCCUUUCGCACAACUGCCCGUGAAGCUGCCCGAUAUCUGGAAGAAGAUCCUCGCUCUGAGAAUGAACAAGGCCGAGAUGACGCUGUUCUGUGGCAUCCUUCUCAUGUCCCCAGACACAGCAGGCCUGAAGGACCCAAAAGGUGUUGAGAUGUUACAGGGGAAAUUGUACUCAAUCUUGGAAAAGUAUACUCUAGCUCAGGGAGUGAUAGGUGGAGUGAGUGGGGUGGUACGCUUCCAAGCCAUGCUGCAGGCCAUAAUGGCACUCAAGAAGUUGAACGAGGAGCACGCCGAGAAAACCAGGCAGAUCACCAAGGUCAUGCCGUACCUCAAGAUUCCGCAACUCUUCAGUGAACUCCACAAGGUGUAGAGACCAGGCCCGUGUGUGUCGUCAGGUGGUGCAAGCAGGGCAACUCACGCAUACAAGCCAUCUGUCAACGGUGGACGUAUACAAGACAUACAUACAACGCACAAUUUACAUACCUAGGAAAUACAACUAUUAGUAUAUAUAUUGAAAUCUACUUUAUAGGGAAUGGGUUAGUGCAAUCUCUCUCAGGACCACCCAUCCAUGAAUAUUAUUAUAAAAUGGUGACAAGUGGGGGAGGGGUGGGGGGGUAAGUUGCUAGCCCCUCACUGGGAGGCAUGCAAACAGUAUACAUCUAUGGGCCUUAUCUUACAUACAUGUACAAUGUACAUACAUGCAUGUGACAAGAUAGUUCAGGACCAACCCUAUGCUCAUCAUAAGGGCCAGUGUACCAUUCAGACUGUUUAGGGCAGUUGCUCAACAGUUCUCAAGGGUAACUUGGUAUUUGAACAAUUAAUAAUUAUUACAGUUACCUCUGCACAAAGAUAUCUUCCCCGACUUUUAAGUAUAGUUAUAAUAUAAAGAAGAGAGGCACAGAUUUCUUUCAAAACCAACGGGUAGUUAAAAGUCUCUAGCUCUGCCGUGAAAAAUGUUCUAUCG